UGCAAUGCAGUGUUAAGUAAAUUUCAAUAUGGAAAUAAAUGUAGAAAAUUUGGACCUUAAAAGUGAAGCCGAAAAGAACACAUCGGACGAUAAAACUGUGGAUUUAGAUAAAAUGUCUCGUAAAAUAAUAUUAAAGAAUUUAUUAAUUUUAAGUUUUGCCUGUAUGUUACAGUUCAGUGCAUUUAAUUCAUUUGCAAAUUUACAAAGUUCAUUAAAUAAAGAAGAAGGUCUAGGGACUACAGGUCUUGCAUUACUGUACAGUGUUAUGGUGCUUACAAGUCUAUUUAUAGCCCCGAUAAGCAUGGACAGAAUAUCUACUAAGUGGAUAAUGGUAUGGUCAAUGUGCACGUAUAUAAUUUACACGGCAACCGGAUUUAAUCCGACCUGGUAUACGGUCAUACCUGCGUCAGUUAUUAUUGGGAUAGGUGCCGCUCAUUUUUGGUUGGCAAUGCCGGCGUAUGUUAUUGACAUUGCUAAGAGUUACGCCCAAGUAACUGACACUGUAGAUCAGGAUAGAGUGACCUUCUUUUUUGGUAUUGUUUAUGCUGCAAUAUAUACAAGUAACAUAUGGGGAAACCUAUUUUCAUCUAUGGUAUUCAGACAGGAGAGAACGAACGAGACGUUGGAGAGUAAAGAUGUUCAUUGUGGACCUUCAUAUUGUCCUUACAGAAAAUAUAACAUUUCAGCCAUUGUUCCGCCUUCACAGACGCAGGUGUAUACAUAUACAGGAUUUUGUUCAGGAAUAACCGCCUUUGCAAUAUUGUUGAUAAUCGUAUUUUUAACCAACAUUAGUACUGACAGCGGAAAAUCGCAGAGUGCCUGUAAACAAAGUCGAAUGGUGGCAACACACAUAUUCCGAUCCAGAGACCAACAUUUAUUAUUUUGUUCUUCAAUAUUUAGCGGUCUAGCAAAUGGAUUUGUUGUUGGAGAUUUUACAAGUGCAUACAUAAGCUGUCCAUAUGGGAUACAAAAUGUAGGACUUGGUAUGAUAACAUUAGGAGUAGUUCAGUCUAUAUUCAGUGUUGUAUUUGGAAAAUUAAAUCAAUACAUUGGUCAUAUCGCAAUAUUUACCUUUGGUUCAAUGACACAUGCCUCAUUUUAUAUAACAUUGUUGUUGUGGCAUCCAUUGCCGAAUCAGUCAUAUAUAGUACAUGUGCUUGCUGCUAUUGCGGGCAUAUCAGGAGCAGCAAAUGAACCAGUUAUAACAGCUCUUCAUAACCUUUAUUUUGUCGAGAACAAGGACAUUGCUCUAUCUAGUUUUCGUCUUCUCAACUCAAUAGGAUGGGCCAUAUCAUUCGCAUACAGUAACUGGCUGUGCCCAAACGUUAAAAUGUACAUACUGAUUGGUGGAUUACUUAUAUCUUUAGCAACAUUAAUUUACCUCGAUGUGAAGCAUAGACAGACGAGGAGAAGAAGUGAAAAACAAACAAUAAUGGAAAAAGAUACAGUUACAGAGGAUCUGAUUUCAAACCAAAUGUUAUAACCCAUAGAAUUCUAGCAGCGUUUAUGACUUUCAUUUGCCAAGUUCAGUGUUUUACAUUGAUAUUUAAAACGCUUGUGAAAAUAAUUGACGUUGUUCCAAUUUCCAACAAGGGAAUGUCCAUUUUUAUAUACCAUGCGGUGUGUGGGUUGAAACAAAAUUUGGAUUUGGAUAUAUGAUGGUGGUUAUUAAUGCACAGUGUAUACAAUUUAAAAAGAACACUGACAAGUGAAUUUAUAUGUUGAAUACAGGUGUACAAAAUCACAUGAUGCCGCUUGUUUUCAAAGAAAUAAGUAUUUCUUAACAUCAUGCAAGUAUUAUAUAGCAAUGGCAUACAAACGUGUGUGUUUUACGUCAAAUACUAUAAAUUUAAAUACUUUUACUCAUAUGUAAAAAUGUUCAUAUUCGUUGAUAAAGGCAUAACAUUAUUCCAUUCAAAGAAUUAAUAUAUCAAUAAAACUAAUAGUAUUUGAAUAUAAUAUUUUAAUCACACCCCUACCGCAAACGAAACAAUACAUAAUCUAAAUAUUUUCUUUUACAUUUAUAUUAGAAAU